AUGUACUCCAAACCAGAAUGGUCCGAAUCGCACCUCCCAACCCUCCACGCUUUCAUCCGCUCUCACCCCCUCGGCAUCCUCACCACCGCCAUCCCCUCCCCCUCUUACCCUCUUAUCCAAAGCACCCAUCUCCCAUGGCUCCUAGACACAAAUCAACCCAAUCUCGAUAAUCAAGAAAAAGGAAAACUAAGAGGCCACAUAGCCCGCCAAAACCCGCAAGCAAAAGCCAUCAUCGACUCUCUCCCCGCUGACUCUUCCUCCACUCUGCCCACUGAGAUCAUGAUCCUCUUCACCAGUCCUGUUCAGCAUUAUGUCACGCCCAAGUUCUACACCGCUACUAAACCGGCUACGGGGAAGGUGGCGCCAACGUGGAAUUAUGCUGCCGUUCAGGUUUAUGGGCGGGUGAAAGUGUUUCAUGAUUCCUCGGAUCCGGAGACUGAGGCGUUUCUUUCCACGCAAUUGCAGGAUUUGGCUGCUUUUACAGAAAGGGAGAUGAUGGGGUAUACGGGGGAGGAUGGAAAAGAGGAGGCCUGGAGGGUGGAUGAGGCGCCCGAGGGGUAUUUGAGGAUACUAAAGAAGAAUAUCGUCGGGCUGGAGGUCGAGAUUGAUCGCAUCGAGGGCAAGUUUAAAAUGAGCCAGGAGAGAGCCAUUAAAGAUCGUGAAGGUGUUAUUAAAGGCUUUGAGCAGAUGGGAACAGAAACAGCCACCCAGAUGGCUGACAUGGUCAAGUCGCGUGGCGAGUUGAAUGACCAGAAGAAGUCGACUAGAUAA